CCUUAGAAAUUAGCUGUUUUCUUACUAAAUUUGUUGAGAGAUGCAAGCUGAUAUGCAUUCGCUUUGUAAACCUAUAAUAAAACUAAGGCAACCAUAUGACCACCAAAAAUGUUAAGAUCUUGGAUAAGAAUUAAAUCAGACCCCUAAAAAAUUUCAAAUGGAGGUGUGGACCCCUUUGGAAAUCUUAGAGCGAGUAUGUGGACCACAGAUGGAAAACCACUAUUGUAAAGGAUAAAGAUUUUUUUCCUGGCCUCAUUUCCAGAAUCUUCAGAAAAAUAAAUGUCAUGUGAAUUCAAUGCUCAUGAAAGGUUCCAGUGUGACAGCACAAGUGAAAGCUUCUCUAUUGCCCCUGCAUAUCCUUAGGUUUUUGGUGGCUCUUUCAGACUCUCAGAACUUUCCCGAAGACAUCAGUGCAGUUGAUGGUACAGCCAUGGGCUCUACAAACGCAAUGUUAGAAGGUGCUGCAACUAUUACAAUGGAAGAGAGAACAACAACGUCCAGGCAAGUUGCAAAAAUAAAAUUCUAGAGUUUCACCUAUUGCCAAGUUUCAUUUAAAUGUGAAGGAGAAUGUCUUUAUUUAAAGCCCGAGAUUGGUGGUCAACAGGUCUUGGAGAAAAAGAAGAAUUUGAUCAAGGGUGUUUAUGUGUAGCUGAUGUUGACAACAGCGGCAGUGGACAAGAUAAAAUAACUGUUGGCAGUUAUAUGGGAUAUCUUCGAAUCUUUAAUCCUCACCCUGUCAAACCUGGAGAUGGAAUGCAAGCUGAAGAUUUGCUCCUGGAAGUGCAACUGCGAGAUCCAAUACUCCAGGUGGAAGUAGGAAAAUUUGUUUCUGGUACUGAACUACUUCAUCUGGCUGUACUGCAUUGCAGAAAACUGUGUGUGUAUGCUGUCUCAGGAACUUUGGGGAAUGUGGAACAUGGGAACCAGUAUCAUAUCAAACUUAUGUAUGAACACAAUCUUCAGCGAACAGCCUGCAACAUGACUUAUGGACCAUUUGGUGGUGUGAAAGGUCGAGAUUUGAUAUGCAUACAGUCCAUGGAUGGCAUGCUUAUGUUGUUUGAACAGGAAAGCUAUGCUUUUGGCCGAUUUCUACCUGGUUUUCUUCUGCCUGGUCCGUUAACUUACAGCUCUCGAACAGAUUCCUUCAUUACAGUCUCUUCCUGUCAACAAGUUGAGAGCUACAAGUACCAAGUGCUGGCAUUUGCAACAGAUGCUGAUGAAAGACAGGAGACAGAGCAGCAAAAAAUGAGUUCUGGAAAAAGGCUUGUUAUGGAUUGGGUUUUAAACAUUGGAGAGCAAGCACUGGAUAUAUGUGUUGUGUCCUUUAAUCAGACCUCCUCUGUUUUUGUGCUUGGUGAGAGAAAUUUCUUUUGCCUUAAGGAUAAUGGGCAAAUUCGAUUCAUGAAAAAACUUGAUUGCAGUCCAAGUUGCUUCCUUCCUUAUUGUUCAGUGUCUGAAGGAACAAUAAACACUCUGGUUGGAAACCAUAAUAACAUGUUGCAUGUUUAUCAGGAUGUGACAUUGAAGUGGGCCACUCAGCUUCCCCAUAUUCCUGUAGCAGUAAAAGUGGGCAAUUUACAAGAUUUGAAAGGUGUUAUAGUUACUCUGAGUGACAGUGGGCACCUGCAGUGUUCCUACCUUGGUACCGAUCCUUCUCUGUUCCAGGCUCCUAAGGUUGAAUCUAGGGAAAUAAACUAUGAAGAACUUGACAGAGAAAUGAAAGAGCUUCAGAAAAUCAUCAAGGAGUCCACAAAAACACAAGAUAUUUUGCCCAAAUCUGAAAAAGGUUAUGAUGAUUUGAGAAUCAUGGCAGAAGUUUCACCUGACUUGGAUGUAGUUUCUCAAGCCAUUGACAGUGAGGUGAGAGCAGAGGCAGUUCCUUCAGUCACAGUAAAGAUCACACUACAGAGUAGAUUGGCUGUGCAGAAAACAAAAUUAUCAAUAUGUGUACAACCUCCUUUAGCACUGACCCAUGACCAGUUCAUCUUUGAUGAUAUAGAGUCGGGCAGAUCUAAAGCUGUAGCGCUGUCUGUCUUUCUGAAAGGGAAUUGUCCACCAGCAGAGCUGGAAGGAAAUGCUGUGGCUUCCUAUAGUACGCCCACAGAUCUCAAUCCUGAAGGAAUACCAAGAGUUGCUCAGUGUAAAUUUAGACUACCCUUGCGAUUAAUUUGCUUUCCAGCUCAACCUUCAAAAACAGCAAACCACAAACUAACUAUUGAUACCAAUAAACCUCCUGUCAGUCUUGUGAACCUUUUCCCAGACUUUGCUGAUCAGUCUGAUGAAGAUCAGGUAAAUGUUCUGGGAUUCCAGUUCUUAACUGGCUCUAGAAUCACUCUUCUUGCUUCAAAAACCUCACAGCGGUAUAGAAUCCAGAGUGAACAAUUAGAAGACCUUUGGCUUAUCACAAAAGAGCUCACUUUUCGUCUUGAAGAACAUUUCAAGAAAGAAAAUAGCAAAGACUUCACAUGUACCUUUUCUGGUUCAGUUCCUUUACAAGAAUAUUUUGAACUAAUUGAUUGCCAUUUUGAGCUUCGCUUGAAUGCUGAAAAAUUUGAAGAACUGUUGUCUGAAAGAGCCAUACAAUUUAGAGCUAUUGAACGACGAUUACUAACUCGAUUCAAAGACAAAACACCUGCUCCCCUCCAACAUCUGGACACCUUGCUAGAAGGAACUUACAGACAGAUAAUAGCUCUAGCAGAUGCGGCAGAGGAAAACCAAGCCAAUAUGUUCCAGGCAUUCACAAAGUUGAAAAGUGCCACCCAGCUGGUGAUUUUGCUGAUUAGUCUGUGGCAGAAACUCAGUACUGACCAAGUUGCUAUUCUGGAAGCUACGUUUUUGCCAUUAAUGCAGGAUACCCAAGAGCUGGGUUGGGAAGAAAGCGUGGAUGCUGCUAUCUCUCAUUUGCUGAGAACAUGUCUGUCCAAGAGCUCUAAAGAACAGGCCCUGACUCUCACCAAUCAGUUGAGUAUACCCAAAGAUACUAGCAGGCUGAAGAAACACAUCACCUUGCUCUGUGAUAGAUUGGCCAAAGGCGGUCGCCUAUGUUUAAGUACAGACACAAAUAUUCAGCAAACUAUGGUCAUGCCAGGUGGCUGUACUCCCAUCCCAGAAUCUGACCUGGAGGAAAGGACAGGUGUACAGGAUUCUACAACAACGUUUACCAACCACAGGCACUUCACAAAGCAGAAAUCCAAAACUGAUUUUCCGCAGGGUGCACUAGAGGAAGCAGAAAAGCCAUGAAAAUCUGAAGAGGACCCUCAGGAGAAUUUUUCUUUUACAAUGCAGCUGUACCAAUCCAUGUUACUCUAUUCUGAAUGGAGCCUUCAGAAGGAGAAGGUCCCACUAAUUGUACAAAAAAGUUUAUUCACAUCAAAUUGAUUAGAUUUCCUUGCCAACUACUCAUCUUAGCAUCCAUUCUCUGGAUAAAGCCUAACCACUUAUGAAACUGUUGUAGCAAAUGUUUGUUAAUCUGCAAUAUCAGCCCGCCAUAAAGAUCCUGUUCACUGAUCAAAGAUUAUUUACACACAUUUAAAAGCAAACUUUGUUUCAUGGUAUGUUUUAUCUGAUUUUUUAGAUAUUCUGUACUCCCUCUCCCUUUGCGAUUAUGUUACCAUUUUCUCAUAAUGUCACAGUUUGAGCAAAAUAGCCAUCUCCUUUCCUCUUCUGCAGACCAAUCACAAUUUCCACACAGGUGAAUUCACCACAAGAAGAAAGGCAGAUUUUCCACCAAGGCUUCCCUAUCCCCCUCCUCCCUGAUUUAUACAUUUGCUCUCAAGAGAUACAGUGUAAAAUAUGGUUAUGUCAAGGGCAAAAUGUCUCCUUCCCUUUUCCUGUUACAUAAGUCAUGUGAAUAAAGUUUACAUUGUAAUUACCCUAAGCACUCUGACACAUGGAUCUUCUUAUUGUGUUUUUUACUGACACAUUAAGUAUGCUGAUAUAUGAUAUUCUUAUGAAUCAGUCUGUUCUGGUUAGGGACAAGAUUUUCAGAUAUGACUAGUGAUUAUGAGUGCAUUAAAUUUUGCUAACCCAAUGUGAGACAGUUCAAAGGGGAUCUGAUUUUCAGAAAGUUUGACCCCUUUGAAAAUCAGGUCCUGUUAAAGUGUCUACAAAUGGGAAACCCUAAAAUAGAGGCACCCAAAAUCACCUUUGAAAAUCUUGGCCUAGAUUUUUGAAAUGUCAGGCGCAUAAAUGAAUUACUGAGAGUAACAUGGAUGCAAUGUCAAUGUAAAGAUGUAUGGAAGGGUCUGAAAAUAACUGAGACCUGGCUCCAAGAUAUGCAGCCAACAUCUGCUUCCUUUUGGUUUGGCCUCAUGGUGGAUCAGACAAAAGUACAAUUUCCAGCCUGUUUGGCAGCGUAUUCCUAGUGGACAAGUGUACACAUUGCAAAAGCUGUCAUCAAACUUGGCACCCGUGUUGUCUAUCUCAGCAGAGACACCAAAGACUUUGGCUAUGUCUACGCUAGCACUUUUGUCGGUAAAACUUUUGUCAGUCAGGGCAUAGGCGCUGACUUCCGCUCCCGCCGGUGGGUGCUCAACCCUCCCUCUGCUCCUGGCCCCCCCGACUCCACCCUUCCAUGAGGCCCUGCCCCGCCCCCAUUCCAACCCCUUCCCCCAAGUCCCCGCCCCAACUCCACCCCAUCCCUGCCCCUAUUCUGACUCCUUCCCCAAAUCCCCACCUCAGGCCCGCCUCUUCCCCACCUCCUCCCCUGAGUGUGCCACGUUCCCACUCCUCUUCCUCCCUCCCAGAGCUUGCUACGCUGCCAAACAGCUGUUUGGUGGUGGCCGGGUGGGAAGCUCUGGGAGGUAGGUGGAGGAGGAGGUGGGGCA